AUGGCUGAGCUCCUUCUAAGAGAGAGUGAUGACCAGCAGUGGACUCUCCUCUUGAGCAGAGCAGCGGGUCUGCGGUCGGAGGCUCUUCCCGUGGAUUGGCACAACACCUGUGGUUCACCUUCUGUACAGAUUGAGAGACCUCAUCUUACACAGCUUCGUCCCCCCACCCACAUGGAGGAGCAGCAGUGGGCAGUAGUCAGAGGGCCGUACCAGGCCGGGGAGUUUCCUCGUCAUGUCCUUAACACGGGCCCCGGGGAGGCAGCAGACGUCUCUGAGAGGAGGGCCUGCCCUGCAUGGCUGAGCAGGGCACAGAGACCCACGUCCUGGGGGGAUCUGUGCCGGGAGCAGCAUGGGCCGAGGAACCGAGACUUAACUCGCUGCGACUCCGACUCCUCCAUCCCGCACCUGAGCGACCACCAGCGUAUCCCCAGCUCUGCGCCCAAGCUGCUGGCUGCCCGGCCCAACCUGCUGACCAGGUCCAUCGAGGAGGCUGCCCCCGGCCACCCUGCCAUCGUUGCGCCCACCCCCAACGGCGGCAGCAGGCACGCGGAAGCCUCCGCCCUGGGGGCUUUGCCGGAGCGGCUCCCCGAGAGUCCCAUGGUGAUGAAGAAGAUGAUGAUGGUGAACCACGGCAUGGAGAAGUCCUCCAGCCUGGGGGAGAUCAGCCACCCGACAGCCGGCAAGCACAGCCACUCGGAUUCCUCCCGGUCCCACAGCCCCAGCUCCACCGACCCCGACACCCCCUCCCCCAUCUCUGACUGCCGGCCCAGCAGCGCCAAGAGCACCCGCAUCCCGCAGCUGGCCGCCAAGAAGAGCCCGGGGGACGAGGACAGCAGCCUGACGGGCGAUGAGGUUGACCUCGGCCAGAGCAAGAAAAAGUUCCCCCUAAAGAUCUUCAAGAAGCCCAAGAAGUAGAGAGGGAGUGGGAAGAGGAAACCCACCCAGGAGCGCGACCCGCUGGGACCGGGGGGCGGCCGUGCAUCGGGAACGCGGCGCACCCGCCCGACGCGGACCCCGCGGGCUCGGGUGCUGGCCAGCGCCCGCCGCCCUCCCCUGCGCACCCUGCCUUUCUGAGUCACCUCAUCUAGCACCGGCAGCGGGAGGAGCUCUUUCAACUUAUUUAUUUCCUGAUCUCUGAG